UCGCUACGGCAGAUGUAAACAAACAAAUUCCAGACGUGUUUUUGGGAACUCGGCUUCAGCGUCCUGGAUAAGAAGUAGUAGCCCUUGACAGAGUAAAAUCUCCUGCGCUUUUUCGUAAUUUCAAAGAACGCCACGAGAAAUGGAUUCAUUGGAAUUCAGUCUUUCUCCUGUUAACAAAAAGGCUUCUCCACGAAAGGGUAGAAGAGCAGCAGGAAACUCAGGGCCAGACUCCUUAGGUGUUUCAGAUGACUUAUUUGCUUCUCCAGUGACAAGUAAUGCAGCAUCACCACAGCAUGUGCCUCCAACUUCAGGACCUCCAGCAGGAAGACGAGCAGGGGGCUGGGCAAGCUCUGCUAAAACAGGAGACUUUGGGCCUCCUCAGGAGGACAAGAGAUUUCAACAAGAUUCAGACUCAGACACAGAUAUACCAAUUAUUCCUGAUCUGGAUGAAGUCGUAGAGGAAGAUUUUACCCAACAGAUUGCCCAGGCACCAAGUGUGGCUGUCAACCGAGUUGCAACAUACAAGGAGCUAGAUUCAGACUUGUUGCGUCAUGCAGCCUUUUCAACUCUUGAUGACAUUGACCUGAGACAGUUAACCAACUGCCUGUCAAAUGAGUCAGAUAUCAGAGAGCCUGACGUUGUGUGGAAGUGGGACACAAUCUUCACCGAAGUGUCAUCUGAGCUGCGAAACGAGUGGGAUCCAAGUGAUGACUCGGGAGAGAGAGAGAAAACACCCUAAUUAUUGUAUUCCUUGGUCCCUUUGAUUGGUUGAUUGAUUUUUUUUUUUUUUUAAUUCUUUUUUAUUUAUUCAUUUAUUUUUUUUGGCCAUUCACUUAUUAUUGUAAUAGUAAGUGAUUGCAUAUUUUUGCUUUCAUCAUCAUCUUCUUUUCUUAUUUCUUCUUUCUUUGUUCACUGUGAUUUGAUAUUUCUGCUGUUUAUUCACAGUCCUAUAGCUUUAGAAUCCAUGAUUUUGUUUCCAAGGCAGCUAUACUGAUAUAUGAAAUCAUGUUGAAUUUUGGUGCAGAAUCCUGUUAUUUAUCCGUCCAGUUGUAAUUUCAAAAGUAUUUAUAUUAUGGAUUGAUUAAGAAAAAAGUAUAACAUUUUUAUGUUUGUCUUGGACUUGCCAGGAAGUAAUUCUUUUACUUUGAAAAGUAUAGAUGGAAAAAAAAAAAAAUCUAUUUUCAUUAGUCAGAGAAUCAAUAAAUGAUACAGUGAUAGUAAUUUUAGGUAGUACUGAUACAUAAUUGUAAUACACAUAAUACAUGUGAUGCAAUAAUACAGUUUCAUGUCUAUACAGAUGUGUCACUUCCGUCCCUGACAAAGACAUAAACAACUCAGUACCUUGAGAAGUAAAUGUUUGAUGGCAUGUCAGGAAGAACAGGUAUACAUUAUACCAUCUUAGAGAGAAACCCCAAUACAUCUGAAAACUUUACUUGAAUUUCCGAGCCAAUUCCUUCAAGUGCCUAUGGAGUUUGUCUGUAAAACUUUGCUAUCAUUACCCUGAUAUGAAUAUACAGGUAAUUCAUACUUAGCAUGUAUGAUACCAGUUGGAAAAUAUCCUUGUCAUGUAAUUAAUAAUACUUACAUGUUUUGAGGGGUACAGAUUUACAAUUUUGUCAGGGAGUGUAGUUAUACACAUGUGGUGCCAUAUUGGAUAGUGCGCUAAUACAUAAUAUUAUAUUAUUUAAUUAUUUUUGUCAGAGAUUACAGUAUUAGGUACUAAUCAUGUUACAAGUAUAGUGAGUUAAUUCCCAUUCCAUUAUCAGGACCCUAGAUGCAAAUGAGAAAAUUAAACUGCUGUAGGCAUGAAUUUAAUACAGCUUGAGUGUAUGUGUUUAUCUAUCUAUAUCCAUUUAUCUAUAUGUCUAUAUAAGUCUCUAUAUAGACCUUUU